AUGCUAAAAGGCAACAGCAACCACGACGAUGUCAGCGAUGACGACUUUGUUAGCGAAAAGCAGAUUUUCCAAGGAUCGAACAAGACCAUCCUGACCCUGGAAUCCAUCCACGUCGUUAAAGGUAUCGACAAACAUGUAAAGAAGAGGAUAGAGGAAGGGAAGGUAUACCUCAGUGAUAUAAGUCCUGUGAAAAACGCAGAAAUUGAAGAAGCCUUUUUAAAGAGCCUACGUGACAAUGCUUUGAAAAAUAACAUCAUAAGUAAAAAAAAAUAUUAUAGUGGCACGUUCAACAAAGAUUUGAAUAUUAAAAUAGAAGAGAACUACAAAUGCUUCAGCUUAGGCCAUGGCCAGGGGCCUGGGGGCGGACACACAGAUGCGGGUGACCCAGGUUGGCACAGUGGUAGUAACAAUUUGAACAGCCCCAAUGAUAGUGAUGAAUUGGACAGGCGACCGAAAGGGAAACACAGGGUACCCCAAAGGAAUAAAGACAAAGGUGAGGAAGAACGGGGUGAAGAAGCUGGUUUGGAGGAGGAAAAAAAGAAAUAUGACGAGGAUGAAUUACCAAAUGACGAAGAUGAUAACGAUGUCUUCAACCAAUCGGAGGUAGUAGACGAGGCGGACGAGUCUUACUACAACCAAUUUAACUCCUUUUUCGAGAAGGGCCUAAAAUCGAGCUUGCUGGAGAAAUUCUCUUUCAACGAUUUCCCAGAAUUGCUCGAAAGAGAAACGAUCGAUUACAUAAAAAAAAAGGAGAGAAAAUUACAAAAAAAAAGAUUAAACGCAAAUUUGGAGGCACUCAGGUUGCAAUACAUACCGAUAAAUAAUGAUAAGUUUAAAAAUAUUCCAAGAGAAAUUAAAGAAAAUAUUUUAGCUCUAUUCGCAUGUAUCAUAAUUAAGCAUAUAGAAUCGUUUGAUGAUAUCCAAUUGCAGAACCAUUUGGAGGAGUUGUCCAGGAAUUUCCUCAAGCAGUUGUCAGAAUUAUUGGUUAUAGAUCCUCUAGCAUACAAGUGUAUCAUGAAGCCAUUGGAGCAAAGAGAGUUAAUCAGGGACAUCACAGGUGACAAGAAAAUAUAUCAGUUGUACGAGAAGCCAUUUAUCGAUAAUUUAUUGGUACAAAUACAAGACCUCCAAGCAGGCAUAGAUUUAAAGUUUAAAAAAGUUGUGGAAGAAUUAAACAACGAAAUGGAUUUUUGGCAAAAUGAUCAUAUUACUGAUGAUCAUAAUAACGACCUCCUUAGUGAUGUGGAGAGGGAUAUACCAUACGGUGUUGACAGAUGCUACAGCAACAGUAGCAACCUUCUCGACGAUGAUGAGGAAGAUAAUGGUGACUGCAGGAGCGAUGGCAGAAACUUGUCUUCCGCUCGGGGGAGUUUUAUCCAAAGAGAAAUUGAUGAAUCGUACAAUGGAGAGGCCAUCCAUGAUUACUUUUCCUGGGGGGACAACAAAACCAUCCGGGGUUUUAAAAAAACCGGGAGAGGUGACCACCCAGCGGUACACACCGGUUGCGCCGCUUCCUCGGUAGAAGCAGGGGCAAGGGAAGAUCAAAGUUUUGUUGACACACAGAGUGAGAAGAAAAGAAACAAAAGGAAUCCCCCACGUAAUGAAAAGAGGGCCCCCUCGGAAUGGCACAAUGACGGCCCAAUGAUGGAGGAGGCGAUUAGCGGCAUUGUGGAAGAGGACGAAUGUAAUGCUCCACCAGGAGUUAGCUUGGAUAGUCAGGGUGAGACAAAUGACAAUGGAGUGACUCGCGCCAGUGGAAGAGCAGUUAUCGGGGAGAGGAAAUUUCGGCAGGGUGAAGUUCCGAAUGAAGUUGCUAGUAAAACUGCCAAUGAGGCUCCCCUCCAAGACGAACAGGAAGCCAAUCUGGGGGAUGCUCACCCCAAAGAGACAGGCAAAAGUGGGCGUACUGACGACACGAAGCAGUGCAAAAAUGGGCAAUGUCCAGAGGAGUCGAAGAAGGCGAAGGGGACAGGACCGUUACAGCCGAUGGUGGAGGAGUCGGGGAAAAUGAAUUCCGCCAAAGGGGAUUCUACCAAAGGGGAUUCAAAGAAAGGGGAGUGCACGAAAGUUGUGCCUGAUAAGCCCAGCACCAAGGGGAAUAAGAAUAUGGCCCUAGAGAGGGGCAUGUCGCAUGGAAAUGAUCGCCAAAGCGUAGGUGAGAGCAUACAGGCGAAGAUCAAAAGGAGCAUCAACCGUUCUGAGACAUUCGAAGGGGAAAGCGAUUAUGAAGAGAGCGACAUUGAUAAACACCUAAACCAUGGGGUGCCCACGAGAGGACCCGAGGUGAAGUCAGUGCUUCUCAGAGACUUAAUCACAACGUACAUCAUGACAGGAAAUAAUAAUGCGAGAAUACAAUUAUAUUUCCAGAAAUUUGCCAGAUGCUUAAAAAUAAAUGAGUUAUUAAUCUUAAGGAUAGAAGAAAAUUUGGCGGCAGAUUUAAUAAGUGCUUUACAGGCAUCAACAAAUGAAACUUCCAAAAGGAAAAAUAUAAGGAGGAUAAAAAUAGCAGCUGCUGCAUUAGGUGGGGGAGCUUUGAUAGCCUUCACGGCAGGGUUAGCUGCCCCUGGUAUUAUAGCAGGGUUGACUGCAUUAGGUGCGGGGGGAAGUAGUCUUACAGCCUUCCUAGCAUCAGCUAGCGGUUUGGCAUUUAUUGUCUCGUUAUUUGGUGCAGGAGGAGCUGGAUUGACAGGGUACAAGUACAGCAGAAGAAUAGCAAACAUAAGAACGUUUGAAUUUAUGAUGCUAAAUGGAAGUCUGUCGAAAUCGCUAAGUGUAUGUGUUUGUGUCAGUGGGGAAAUACAAACAGAUGAAGAUAUAACAAACCCAUGGAUUGACGUUUUCCCUAAUUGUUACUGUGAUUUGUAUGCAUUGAAGUGGGAAAACCAUUUGUUAAAAACAUUGGGUUCUUUGAUCGAAACCAUGUUGUCUCAAGAAUUUGCAAUAACGGCUAGUCGAAUAUGGUUGCAGUAUACAAUAGCUAGCACACUCAGUGCUGCGUUGACGUGGCCAUUGGCAUUAAUUAAGUAUGCCUCAAGUUUGGAUAACGUUUAUUUGCUAAUACGGGAAAGAGCGCAGCAAGCAGGAAGAAUAUUAGCAGAUGCCUUGAGUGACAAAAACACUGUUGGUCAAAGACCAGUUAUCCUCAUUGGGUACUCCGUUGGGGCUCGUGUCAUUUUUUACUGUUUAAAAUAUUUGUAUGCAAAAAAAAUGUAUAACAUUGUUAGCAAUGCUAUAUUUAUAGGUCUCCCUGCAACCACCAGCACAAGGGUGUGGGAGAAAAUUAGGAUGGUAGUGACGAAUCGAGUGAUCAAUGUUUACUCAAAGAAUGAUUGGCUCUUAGGGUUUCUGUACAGGUACAUGGAGUGGAAGUUAAGUGUCGCUGGGCUCAUCGCAGUGAAUGUACCGAAUGUAGAAAAUUAUGACGCCAGUGGGAUUAUCCACAGCCACCUGGAUUAUAAGAGGAAGCUCAAGGACAUUUUUAACUUGAUUAACUUUGACAUGUGA